AACAAAAGGGGGUAAAUGAUAAUUUGUUUAACACGAGGACUUUUUAGCAAUUAGACAUUAGAGAGAGGGGGUCUGUGCUAAUACCUCACGAUAUAAACAUGGCCGCCCCUGCAAAUUAGAAACCCCCAAUAUUCAUAUUAUUCUGAUGCAAGUGCAACUGAAUAACCCGUUCGGUUUUGGUAACAAUUGAAUACAAAAAAGUUUUGUAAGAACAGUCUCACACACACUCCAGGGUUUCUCCAACGCGGUUUCAGACAUCAGAUUUCAGAACGCGGCGGCGGCGGCGGCGGCGGCGGCGGAUACCGGCAUACUGCAGCUGCUUUCCAGAGAGAGAGAGAGAGAGAGAGAGAGAAUGCAGAUACUGAAGGGUUUUUGUCAAAGCCCACCGCCGCCGACGAUAACCUCCGCCGCCACAUCUUCAUUGGGUUUCUUCAAUCUCGAAAGAAGUACACUUUACAGGGGCGGCGCUUCUAUUCCAAUGAACCGAAACGUAAAACCCUCGAAUAAUUUUUCCCUAAGGGCUCCUCAAAUUAUUUGCAAAGCUUCUUUGGAAGUUCAACAUUCUUCCCCCAGGGGUACUGAUAUAGCGGUCCAUGGGGUGUCGGAAACGGUUGUGGGUGUUCUAGGGGGAGGGCAGCUUGGGCGUAUGUUGUGCGAAGCAGCUUCACAGCUGGCGAUAAAGGUUGUAAUUUUGGAUCCAAUGGAGAAUUGUCCGGCAAGUAACCUAUGCCAUUAUCAUAUGGUCGGCAGCUACGAUGAUAGUGCCACAGUUGAAGAAUUUGCCAAAAGAUGUGGAGUAUUGACCGUUGAAAUCGAGCAUGUCGAUGCUGCAACUCUCGAGAAACUUGAACAACAAGGCGUUGAUUGCCAACCUAAAGCUUCGACUAUCCGGAUUAUUCAGGAUAAGUACCUCCAGAAGGUCCAUUUUUCUCGACAUGCAAUUCCGCUGACUAAAUUCGUACAGAUAGAAGAUCUUGAAAGUGCUAAAAAAGCAGGGGAAAUUUUCGGUUAUCCACUUAUGAUAAAGAGCAAAAGGCUGGCUUACGAUGGACGAGGAAAUGCAGUUGCUAAAACCGAAGACGAAAUUUCUCAGGCAGUAAAUGCCCUUGGAGGAUAUGCUCGUGGUUUAUAUGUAGAGAAAUGGGCACCAUUUGUGAAGGAGCUUUCUGUCAUCGUGGCAAGAGGAAGAGAUAAUACCGUGCUGUGCUAUCCUGUCGUAGAAACUAUUCACAGGGAGAACAUUUGUCACAUUGUUAAAUCACCUGCCGACGUAUCGUGGAAGACGAUGAAACUAGCCACAGAUGUUGCAUAUAAAGCUGUGAGUUCAUUAGAAGGCGCCGGUGUUUUUGCGGUCGAGUUGUUUCUCACAUCUGACGGUCAGGUAUUACUGAAUGAAGUAGCACCUAGACCUCAUAAUAGCGGGCACCAAACAAUCGAGUGUUGUUUCACUUCGCAAUACGAGCAGCAUUUAAGGGCUGUCGUUGGACUUCCACUAGGCGAUCCGUCGAUGAAAACCCCUGCUUCUAUCAUGUACAAUAUACUCGGUGAAGACGAGGGAGAACAGGGUUUCGUUAUUGCUAAUAAACUUAUUGGAAGGGCGUUGAAUAUUCCAGGGGCAACAGUUCAUUGGUAUGACAAACCAGAGAUGAGGAAGCAAAGAAAGAUGGGUCAUGUCACACUCGUUGGACCUUCUAUGGGCAUUGUUGAAGCUCGAUUGAAAUCUAUGUUAGGGGAAGAAAUCGAGGACGACCAGCCUGCAGCUCUGCCACGUGUCGGAAUCAUAAUGGGAUCCGACUCGGACCUACCCGUAAUGAAGGACGCGGCUAAGAUAUUAAGAGAGUUCAAUGUCCCUUCAGAGGUAAGAAUAGUAUCGGCUCACAGGACACCAGAAAUGAUGUUUUCUUAUGCUGCAUCCGCUCGCCAGCGUGGCAUCCAGGUCAUUAUUGCUGGUGCUGGCGGUGCCGCUCACUUGCCAGGCAUGGUAGCUGCAUUGACUCCCUUGCCCGUGAUUGGUGUUCCAGUGCGUGCAUCUACAUUAGAUGGACUCGACUCUCUCUUGUCUAUUGUUCAGAUGCCAAGAGGAGUUCCGGUUGCAACAGUAGCAAUAAAUAAUGCAACAAACGCAGGCCUCUUGGCUGUAAGGUUGUUAGGAAUUAGCGACCUCGACUUGCAAUCCAGAAUGGCGCAAUACCAAGAAGAUAGAAGAGACGAAGUUUUGGUAAAGGAUGAUAAGCUGGAAAAAGGUGGAUGGGAAGACUACUUGAAUUCUUGAUUAUUUUGAUGCUCUUAUUUUGUUCGACAGUUUUGUUUCCUAAGCAGUUAGUUAGUUAGUUGGUCCACAAAGUGAACAAAUGUCAUGAUUAAAAGACCGACAAAAGCAAGACUCUUCCUUCCCAAGGUAGGUGCCUUUGGUUACUCAAAUAGAGUUAUUAGUUUUUUCGUUCUUUUUUCUUCCAUCGUUAAGCUCUGCAGUCACUUUUUCGAGCCUCGUUUGAGACAAGUGGCGGUCUUUCUUCACUGUUUUUGAUUUAUUUUUGGAUUUCUUAUGUUUUGUUUGUUGUAAUGUUAAAAACUGGGGGUAAGUACCCCCAAUAUAUAUAUAUUUUUUUUGUGUGUGA